AUGCCGAAGAACAAGAAGCGGAACACUGUCCACCGCGGUGGCGGUGCUGGCGGCGGCUCAGGGGCAGCGGCAGCGACGGCGGCGACAGCAAGCCAGCACCGAAACGUGCAGCCAUUUAGCGACGAGGACGCGUCCAUCGAGACCAUGAGCCACUGCAGUGGCUACAGCGACCCUUCCAGCUUUGCUGAGGAUGGACCAGAAGUCCUGGAGGAGGAAGGAAGUCAGGAGGACUUGGAGUACAAGCUGAAGGGACUCAUCGACUUGACCCUGGAUAAGAGUGCGAAGACACGGCAGGCCGCGCUGGAAGGUCUCAGAAACGCACUGGCUUCAAAAAUGCUUUAUGAAUUCCUUCUGGAGCGAAGGAUGACUCUCACUGACAGCAUCGAGCGCUGCCUGAGGAAAGGGAAGGGUGAUGAGCAGCGUGCAGCGGCGGCCCUGGCGUCUGCACUCUGUGUCCAGCUUGGCCCCGGCAUUGAGAGUGAAGAGGUUUUGAAGACGCUUGGACCGAUCCUGAAGAAAAUAAUCUGCGACGGAACAGCCAGUGUGCAGGCCAGGCAGACUUGUGCCACUUGCUUCGGCGUGUGCUGCUUCAUCGCCACCGAUGACAUCACAGAGCUGUAUGCCACCCUGGAGUGUUUGGAAAACAUCUUCAGCAAGUCCUACCUCCAGGAGAAAGACGCCAACCUGGUUCGCAGCAGCCCGAACACUGGGCUGCACAUCAGCUCGCUUCUGGCCUGGACGCUCCUGCUGACCAUCUGCCCCAUCAGCGAGGUGAAGAAAAAGCUAGAGAUGCACUUCCGUAAACUGCCCGGCCUGCUGUCCUCCGAGGCCGUGGACCUGCGCAUCGCCGCCGGGGAGUCGCUGGCACUGCUGUUCGAACUGGCCCGAGGGGUGGAGAGUGACUUCCUCUGUGACGACAUGGACUCUCUGACUCAGAUGCUCCGGUCCCUGGCCACAGACGGGAAUAAACACCGGGCCAAAGUGGACAAGAGGAAGCAGCGCUCGGUGUUCAGAGACGUCCUACGGGCGGUGGAGGAACAGGAUUUUCCAACAGAAACCGUUAAAUUUGGCCCUGAGCGCAUGUACAUCGACUGCUGGGUGAAGAAGCACACCUACGACAUGUUUAAGGAGGUUCUGGGCUCCGGCCUGCAGUACCACCUGCAGUCCAAUGAAUUCCUUCGCAAUGUGUUUGAACUCGGACCCCCAGUGAUGCUCGAUGCGGCAGCGCUUAAAACGAUGAAGAUCUCUCGUUUCGAAAGGCAUUUACAUAAUUCCGCAGCCUUCAAAGCUCGGACCAAAGCUCGAAGCAAAUGUCGUGAUAAGAGGGCAGAUGUCGGAGAGUUCUUCUAGAUUUUCAGCAUUCGAAGACUACUUUCUAAUUUCCAGUUUCUUUUCUUUUGUAAUUUCUAAUGUAUUUAAACUCUAGACGGUUUUUAUCUUGGGUUGACAUGGAUAGCUUUUGUAGCAGGGGUUAUAUCACUUAUAAUUUAAUGUAUAAUAGUGCAAAUGAUGAGUUCUAAUGGUCUCUGUGAGUAUCAGUAAACCAUGAACAAAGUGUAAUGUUUUCUAUUUAUGAAGAGAGCAACAAUAUGGUAUUUCAUGAUAAGAAAACUAUUAGCCAAGAUGAAAUAUACUGUGGUUGUCAGAUAUAUUGAUUUAAUGAUACAGAUAUUACAACGUAUUUAAUUUAGGGUCUUAGACCAGUGAGACAGAUACAAUUUUGGGAGCUAUUUCUUCUGGAAAAGCUGCUGUGGUUUUAGUUGGGUCACUUGGAUCGACGAAGGGGAUUCUGCCGUAAGACCUUGCAGCCGUGCCUCCGGCCACCCCGGGGGAGCCCGAGCACCGGCCAGGAAGGGCGCGAACCCCGACCUCUGAGGGCCGUAACACUAGUUCAUCUGUUGUGAGACCUGUGCUCUUUGUUUGAAAUAAAGAUCUUUUCACACUAAA